UGUUGCUGCUUCGCGCCUCCUCGGCCCCCGUAGGGUGAAGGGGUGACGUCACCGCGGCCCUCGCCCGCCCGAGCCUGGACCCCGUGGCCGCUCCCUGCCCCUGCUGCUCCUGCGCGGCGACUUCGCGGCCGCACGUUCCGAGCGCUUCGCCGUGACAGCCCCGAGAGCCACUGGCGCCUCUCGCACGCCGUGGUCGCUCUGCUGCUGCUGCUGCUGAGCGCGGACGAGGCAAAGGAGAGGCGCGGUUGCUCUGAAGUCGUCUCAGCGAGAGCCUCCACGCACCAUGCUUCACCACUCGCUCCCAGCGGCGCGGCACCGCCUGCUCGCCGCCCUGAGCGGCGCCAGCGUGCCCGUGCGCGCCGCCUGCACCCUCCUGCUCGCCUUCUACGCGCUGUCGUUCGUGGCCGACACGCCGUUUGCGCUGGGCGUGUCGUCGGGCUACCUGGCGCCUCCGAACUUCUGGGUCUGGACGCUGGCGACGCACCCCUUCGUGGAGGUGCGUGCCAUCGAGCUGGCGGCCAGCCUCGCCACGGUGGCGGCAGCCGGGCGGCUGCUGGAGCCGUCGUGGGGUGCGCUCGAGCUGCUGCUGUACUUCGGCGUGUCGACCGUGGCGUCCGGCGUUCUGUGCGGCAUCACCUACCUGUUCGUCUACGUCGCCUCCUCCUUCGACACCUACUACCUGUUCUGGCUGCACGUGCAUGGCAUGGCGGGUUUCUCCGCCGCCGUGCUGGUGGCGCUUAAGCAGACGCAGGGCGAGGCCGUGCUGGCACGCCGGCCCGUGCCCCUCCGCGCCCGCCACCUUCCCUCCGCCUCGCUGGCGCUGCUGGUCGUGCUGCGCCUGCUGAACGUGGCGGAGGGCCGUGUGCCGCUGGCGUUCGCGUACGGCGGCAUCGCGGGGUGGCUUUACCUGCGUUUCUACCAGCGGCACCCGGGGGCCGCGGGGGCCGCACCGGCGCGGGGAGACCCGUCGGAGCACUUCGCCUUCGCGUCGUUCUUCCCACCGGUGGCGCGAGGGGCCGUGGAUGCGGCGGCCGGAGCGCUGCUGCGGGCGCUGGUGCACGUGGGCAUUUGCCGCGGCGCCGGCAAGCGCUACACGGUAGAAGCGCCGUCCUCUGUCACCAUCAGCCUGCCCGGCAUUGACGCCCAGGAUGCCGAGAGGAGGAGGCAGCUUGCUCUCAAGGCUCUCAACGAGAGGCUGAGGCAGUCGGAGGAGCAGACGGCGUGGCCGGCGAUGGACGAAGCGGAAGAGGUUGGGGUCGGUGGCCCUAAAGAGGUGGGCGACAGCAGGGAAAGUGCCGCUCCACUCUACGCUCCAACCUCGGUCGCGUCGUCUGCCCCGCAGAGCGACGCCGUUGACCUGGUCAGCAGCACUGGCACCACGGACCAAGCUCCAAGCCCAACUUGACGGGUUCUUGCUGCAGCCUGGCUGGCACGGUGACCUUAAAAACAGAGCGAGUUCCACAAUCUGCGAGACAAUGAAACUACACAAGAGUGAAUUUUACUUUGGUGUCUGCCAGGUCGUAGAAGAUCGAUGGACGUCUCUUGGCGGCAGUUGCCAGCUGUACGUUGUUGUGUACAUUGGAACAAACUGUUAUGUCCUCGCACUGAAUGAGAAUCCGUGUUCUGCUUGUCUGCACUUAUGCAAAGGUUGGGGUUUUCAUUGAGCAAUAAUUAAUACAGAGCAUGCUUCUAUAUUUGGUUGUGGUUCUUUUAGCUUUGGAGGGUUUGUUUAACAUCUCUCAGCAUGAUGAUGUAUACAGACAUCUGUAAAGGGGGUAUUUAGAAAAUGUGUGAACAGACAUAAUGGUGAUUCUGGGAUUCCAUUUUUGUGUUUAAUUUAUUUAUCUUAUUUUGACAGGUUAACUUUUUAUUUAAUGAAAUGUGCAGAAUUCACACAUGUAAUGAACCAUGGUUGGAAAUCAUAAAGUUAUCUGUAGAGUAGACAUUGCAAUUGCUUGCAAUUAAAAUUGAAUCCUAGACAUGACCGUUGUAGUAUAUGGUGAGGUAUGUUGUUAGAUGUCACUUUAUUAAAAAUAAUGGUUUCUGCUGUAAGUGUAAUAUCCUCAUGUACGGGUGGAUGAGAUAUCAGGACCUGCAUUACUGUUGACCUCAAGUGAAAAACUAAUAUGUGGACGAGUGUUGAUCUUUGUACAAAUUCCAGUCAUGCACAGGCUUGUGCACACACACUGUUUCUGUAUUGUUAGUAGCAAGCACUUACCCACUUGUGUACUGUAUAUACGUAUGUUGAACUUCUUUCGCAUCGUACAUACUUGGCCAACCUUGCUAAUCGGAGGUGCAGGGGAAGGACAACAAACUUAGCAAAGCUGAAUGUGAAUAACCUUUGCCUACAAAGGUUGUAUGUGGAGCUGCUUGGUCAAACUGGCUGUAUAAAAUACCGACUCAAGUUCUUUUCAGUUUCCACAGAUUUAUUUUAUUCUCAUCAUAUAGAAAUUCAGGCACUCAAGGUAAAGAAAUGGCAUGUAAGAAAUGACAAACUUGUGAGAGGUUUGAUUAAAAUGUUAACUUAAUUUUUGUUGAUCCCUCGAUGUUGCACAAUUACAACAACAAUAAAAAAUCUGAGAAAGCUGUCCAGAACAGAUGAGUUUUGUGGACCUGUUCAUGCGAACACAUUCUCAGUGUUUUGACCGUUGAUGUGCACUGUUGAUGAUGAUCUGAUCUUUAUUUGUAAGACACACCCACUUGUCAGCAAUACUCGUUAUUUGGCAUCGUUUAGAUGCUGGACAAAUGACAUACCACGGUUGUUACCGCUACCUUAUAGGUAUGGCUAAGAGGACACCAGUUUAAUCUCCCCACAUGCCUUGUCCUAAUUAUGGCUACGUCAAUUCAGGUAGUCUCUAGGUGGAGUGCCUUAAGUACAUCGCUGUGCUAUGGAACACAACUUAAACAAAUUGGUCGGGAGUGCACCUGAAAUGUUUGGAUACAUGCUAUGUAAUUACUACCGAGGGUUAGAGUUGAGAUUCGUGUUGUUUUAGUCUUGAGGUCGCAGAUCGAGCAACGGCUCUUGUUUUCAGCAGACACCUCAAGGGAAGACACGCACACAGUGGUUUGUUGUGCAGGAGUUGCCAACGUGCUGCCUCACUCAAUUUAUUCAAAAGUGACAGAUGCAGUUAUCAUUGGGAUACAUGCCAAGUCUUUUUUUUAGGUUAACGUUUGGAUAGUCCUAUUCAAUAAUGAACUCGUCUGCAAUUCGAGUGACUAGGAAAUGUUGCUUCGUGGGGAAGCAGUGGAAUGCGUGUAUUGUAAUGCCAAUUGUAAGGCAAAGCCUUGCUCUUUGUACCUGUGGUUUGAGAUGCCCAGGCGUGAAGGGCGAUUCUAUCAACGACAGAUUAUUAUCAUCAAGCCGUUGUGAUCAUCCUCACCUGUGCUGGUGAGCUUGUUCAAGAUGUACUCUCAAUGCAUUUUUGGUGAAGGAAGACUGAAAUGGGGUGCAUUUAAAGCCAUUGUCAGUCAUGGGAGAGAUAAGUUGAGUUUAGAUUUUGCGUUUGGGUUAUUAUUUGUAAAUCAUGUGAUUGUCUAUAAACAACAUGCCAUAAAAGCAUCUGACAAAGUUUAAUCAAAGUCAUUUAAACUAAAAUACGUCGUUACAAAUGGGGUGUAUAUUGUAAUUGCGGUCAUGCAGGGUUAAUUUAGAAACAUGACUUGGAAUUAAAUCGGUCCAGUGUUCCCCAGAUGUUGUACAUGUGUCAAGUAAAUUACUGGUGUACUUUUCCAUGCAAUUCCUUGUAUUGUUGGAUAAAACAAUUAAAUCGGCUGAUGAUAGCCAAUGAAACCUGA